AUGUUUGUGAGUUGCAGUGUCACACUGCCACAGCCUUCAUAGGGAAUGUGUGCCAUUUCUACACUUGUGAUUUAUUAAACAGCUGCUGUACAUCUUUCCUGCUUGUUGGGCCGAAAUGACUGUGAUUCUUAAAGUUUUCACUCUUGGUGAAUCUAAGGAUUCUUUUUUUGGAAGAUGAACAAAAGAGGAUUCAGUAUACACAAGAAGAGAACCAGUUGUUCUUAAGUUCUGAAUUUCUAAUUGUACAAUUUUUUUAAACAGAUUUUUGAGUAAACUCAUUUGAAGACAGCAGAAUUUAUACAGAGCUCCCGAGUAUAAAACUGCACAAAUCUCAUACAUCAACUACAUGGUAACUUACAGUUUUUUCAGUGAUAUUUGAAGCUUCUUGUGUGGCAGAAAAGCUCCUCUUCUGCCUCUCUCAAGUGUAAAUCAACUGGUUGUAGAAAUAAACUUUCUUAAGCAAUUCAUGUAAUGAAAAGAUAAUAACAAUUAGGAACCCAACAAUAUUUUAGUACUAGGCUUUUGCUAGCAUUACAGUCUUCAAUCUGCAACCUCCCAGUACAUUCCCAGUACAUACCUCUUAUGCACUGUUUGUAUUUCUGUGAGCACAUAAUCAGUUGUAUAUGUGAGUAUGUGAUGCUUUGGAGAGAUGCUGCACUGUGAAAAGUUGCAAGGUGGGAUUUCCAAAAACAGUUCAUUUGCUGAACUCCAUUCUUAUUAAAGUUUAAGUGUUUGCACAGCUCAGCACUUUGGUAAGCAUCAAGUAGAAUCAGGCCUACAUUAUUGGUAAGUUUUCUUUUUAUAAAUUCACUGGAAUAAGUGCAGAAAGACCAUUUUAUGCACUGCUUAAAUGCUGAAGCCCUUCCCUUAUAUUGAAAGGGGUAUUUCCGUUCCUUCAAUGACAUUUCUUCAAAUAAAGAGAGGGAAAAGGUUUCUCUUAUGCUUUGGACAAGCAUGAGAGAUUCUAGUUCUGUGGAUGACUCUUGGAAAGUUAUAUGCAUCUAACAGGAAAACAGGAGCUGUGAACUCUCUCCGCUGUAACUAUAAACCAUAUUGAUAUCCUUUAUGGUAGCAUAUUUUGUGAGUAAGAUUAACAUGUAGGUACACACUGAAAGAUUCAUCUCAUUAGCAAGAACAAUUAGCACAUUAACACUUCCUGAUUAAUUUUUUUAGCUGCAGCUUCAUUUUGCCGUAACAUACGAAUUGAAACAGGAAUAUUUUUAUUGGCAAAGGUACACAUUCAGACAGAACAGACAUUAAUUCACUGUGGAGGUUAAUCUUACAUAAUACGUACAUUUUACUACAUUUUUUGCCUUAAAGUGAAAUAGCUAUUUCCUGCAGCGCAGUUGGACUUCUGUUUGCACAUAGGUACCAGUUUGGGGCAUCCUAUGAUAAAAAGGGGGGAAAAAAUACCAAACAGACCAAGCAAAACAAGUUCAGAAGAGAGCAUUUAUGUUUAGAAGAUACUGGAAGGAGUCUUUGGAAUGGUAGAAAGUUGGGUGCACACAGUCUGGAAAAGGGGAGACUUGUAGGAAAUUUGCCUGCACAUACACAGGGAGGUAGUUCAAAGACAAGAGUCCUAUUGGUCAAGAGUCAGACAGUUAAUAAACUUAAGCUGUAGCAUGGAAAAUUCAGUCUAAUUAAGAGAAUUAUAUAAACUGGAGGAAAAGUUAGACUAACUUGGUGCCAAGACAUGGGUUGUGAAACUCAAGUUAGUCAAGGCUAGACUAGACAGCCAUCAAGAGAUGGCUUUGGGACAACUGAAUAACUCCAACCAUGGUGCAGAAAGGCUGACUAGAUGACCCACUAACAGUCCCUUCCAAUCCAAAUGACCCUGGGACUUCUGAAAUAGUUCAACAGUUGGCAGCUUUUCAAUUUCCAGCACUGUAAUGAUGUAUUGUUUCUGCCAGAUGUGCCAUCAGCAGCUCUUGCUAAUGCCAGUGAGGUACAAGAUCAUAGCUCACUCUGGCAUUUUAAAUGUUUUAAUAAAUGUAUUUUUCUACUAGGUUCAACUUGCCCUUAAUCCAUGUGAAGACUCACUGGCAACAUAAUCUGGAAACUACUAACAAUUUUCACCAUCUCUAACAAAUUGUAUUGUGGUGAUAAAAGAAGAUUCUGUCCAAAUGAGCAAGGCAUCACAACAGAACGCCACUACGGAAGCAAACGGGAUAAGUGUGAUUCACACACCAGCACACACCAGCGGUUUGCAGCAGGUUCCUCAGCUGGUGCCCGUUAGCCCUGGUGGUGGAGGCAAAGCCGUGCCUCCAAGCAAGCAGGGCAAAAAGAAUUCCUUUGUGGAUAGAAACAGUGAUGAAUACCGCCAGCGCCGAGAGCGCAACAACAUGGCAGUGAAAAAGAGCCGGUUAAAAAGCAAGCAGAAGGCACAGGAUACGCUGCAGAGGGUUAACCAGUUGAAAGAAGAAAAUGAACGUUUGGAGGCAAAAAUUAAGCUCCUGACCAAGGAGCUAAGUGUACUUAAAGACUUGUUUCUUGAGCAUGCACACAAUCUGGCAGACAAUGUGCAACCUAUUGGCACAGAAACCACCACCACAAAUCCAGAAAGUGCCGGACAGUAGGCACACUACCCCCAAACUGACGGACUGAACACUAGAGGGGCAGCCUGCCUGCCCCUCUCCUGCAGGAGCAGAGAAGGAGCUUUGUUCUGACUUUUAACCAUCACUUUUUGGAGAUUUUGGGUUUUUUUAGGUUUAACACUGAAAGUUUGAUACAAUUUAAAUACAAGUGGCUUUGAGUACUUUGUAUAAUUUGUUGAGUAUUUUCUUCUCAUAGGUUUGGCUAACAAGAAAAAAUGACCUAAAUUGACAAAACAACAAAGAUUUAAAUGUUAGUUAGUGAAAUUAAAUUUCCACAGAAAUGUACACUGACCUUCUGAUUUUGCAUAUAGAAAGGAGUACAGCUGAACAGUUUUAUUGUAAAAUAGAUAACUGAACAUUGGAGGAAAUUUCUGUUAAAUAUCCUUUAAAUAUAUUUCAGUAUCUGCUGUUUCUCUAUUGUGUAUACAAAACUUCAGAAGGCUAUAGAUUAAGUAUGCCUUCUUAUCUGGUGGACUGCAAUCCCUGUUCAGUAAAAUUCAGGUCUUUCUUAUCCUUUCGUAGUUGAUGGGGAGUGCCUAGUAACAGUGCCUAGUAAUAGUGAGCCAAGGUGCUUACUAAUGUUUUCUAAAGACUACUACAUUUUUUGUGAGACAUAACAAUGUAUUACGACAUGACUGACAUGCACAUGACUGGUUCACAAACUGUCAAUGUUUCUCAAGAAGCAUCAUGUAUGGAAGAAAGUUGAACAUUUUAUUUAUAUGUCUUUUAAAGCCUAUGUUCAACAUGCUAGCAUUGUUUGCGUAGCGACUUGGUGUCCUUAAAGUAUCAUAUGUUGGUUUCUAGAACAUAGAUGAAUAUGAUAAAAUAACUGUUCUCUUGCAGGUGUCUGAGAAUCUAACGUACAGUUUAGCUAAGCAAGGAAAGGGCUGGGGCAAAACAUCGGCUCAGUCAAAAUAUAUAGACUUGCUCCUUAACAUCUGAUUUAUAUAGCUGUUCAGUUUAACAGCUGAUACCUUGCAGAGAUCCAGUGUAAUAAAAAAUAAAUGCCCCUAGUUUGAAUACGUGAUUCAGCAGAAUUUCUAUAGUUGUGUGAAGGAUGAUCUUCAAUCUUAUUUUGAUAAAACUUUUUCUAUAGCAGAUUUUUUCAAGACCCACUCCCUUACCAUGACCCAUAAUGCAGUGGUAUAUAUUAUACUGAGGAUUUAAAUAAUAAAAGUCAAGCAGGAACUUUGAUGUAACCUUAAUUUAUUUUCAUUUUUAAAUAUUUCACUUACAGUAUGUUUGUUUUACAUAUAACCUGUGUGUCUGGCUAGUGAAUUGUUACCCUGUUUUACUUUCCCUCCCACAUCACCUUUUUCUGAACAUGACUGUAGUAUGCUCAUGUGUACUGUAUAUGUAUUUAGGAAGACAACUUGGGUAAAAUCUGUUAAGAUGCUAAGUUAGAAAAUAAAAGCUUCCAAAAAAAUUU